AUCGCUCUCCACUCCACCGGCACCGCACCGGCAGGGCACAGGGACCGCGCACCGGGUGUGGACGGAGCCGAAGAUGCGGCGGGCGCUGCUCACUCUCCUGCUGUUGCUCGUCCGCCCGCCACCCGCCGCAGCCCGCCCCGACGGCUCCGUCCUGGCGGCCGCGUUCGAGGCUCGGGGCCGCCCGCUCUGGCCGCCGCUGGUGCCGCCAGCCCCGGAGCCGUGGAGGGCGAGGCGGGACGAGCCGCCGCUCUCCAUCGACCUCACCUUCCACCUCCUGCGGCAUCUCCUACUGCUCGCCCGCGCCCAGAGCCAGCGCGCCCAAGCCGACAGCAACCGCCUCAUCCUCGAAGCCGUGGGGCGCUGA